AUGGCGACCUUCCAGACUUUCAGAAACAGUCACAUGAAGACUAGAGCAUCUGUCAGAAAAAGCUUCAGUGAAGAUGUAUUCCAGUCUGUAAAGUCUUUAUUACAGAGUGAGAAGGAACUGUGUAAUAUAUAUGCAGAAGACUGUUUAAAGAAAGAUCAACAUACCAAUUUAACUGAGGUCACAUUUCUAGGUUUUAAUGAAGAAACAGAUGCUGCUCAUAUACAGGAUUUAGCUGCUGUUUCUCUGGAACUUCCAGAUCUUCUGAAUUCACUACACUUCUGUAGUCUAAAUGAAAAUGAAAUUAUUUGUAUGAAGGAUAUAAAUAAAUCAUCAAAUAUAAACAAUGGUCCUCUAAAUCAGAGUCGUCAUUCUGGAAUGGUUUGUGUCAUGAGAGUGUCACCACCUACAUUACCAAGACUCAAAAUUGAUUUUAUCUUUAGUCUCCUAAGUAAAUAUGCUACUGGUAUAAGAUACACCCUGGAUACAUACUUGCAUCAGAAGCGCCAACUUGAGACCACCAAUGAAGAUGAUGAUGAUACUAACCAGUCAGUGUCUUCUAUAGAGGAUGAUUUUGUCACUGCGUUUGAGCAUUUAGAGGAAGAAGAGACCUUAAAGCCAUAUAAUGAUGGAGUAAACGAUACUGCACUAAAGAGCCACUGUGAUGCUGCCUCACAGACUACUUCUGGUCACCAGUUAGAAACCCAUGAUUUAAGGAUUCUGGUUAGCUCUGGGCAGCAGAAGUCAUUGGCUAAACCUUCAACUUCCUUAAUAAAUGUUCUGGGACAUAAAGAACAACCUAUGAAAAGUUUAGUCACAACAUCAAUUUCUGAGCCUUGGAUCCAAAGGAGUUUCUAUAGGUCAUCUAAUGCUUCAGAUAAAGGUCGUGACAUGCAGAAAACGUUUUUUUCUUCUUCUCCUGCAUAUUCAUCUGAAUCAGAAUGCUCAAGUCCAAGUCCAGUUAUUUUCUUAGAUGAAGAAGGAUAUCAAAAAAGUUUAAAAGCCAAACUUGAGUUACCAAAAAUUCCUGUAAUGAAAGAUGAUAUAGAGGACUCAGACUCAGAAGUAAGUGAAUUUUUUGAUAGCUUUGAUCAGUUUGAUGAACUAGAACAAACUUCAGAGACUUCUUGUCCAUUUCUAAAAGAUUCUGUAAAAGAGAAGAUAUUGAAAAAGAAAGGGCACAAACAUGACAAAUCUUCUAUAACUACUACUAUGAAUCCUCAAAAAUUCAAGUUUGAUUGUCCAGUCCUCCCAGCUAAUGUUCGAAAGCCAACACCUCGUAAACCAGAAUCCCCUUACAGCAACCUGAGUGAUGCUCCAGAUUCUCCUCGCCCUGUGAAGGCAUCUGGGGAAGACAGUGGCUUGUUUAGCCCCAUUCGGUCCUCUGCUUUUAGUCCUCUUGGAGGCUGUACACUUGCUGAAUGUUUUUGCCAAACAGAUAUUGGUGGAGAUAGGAUUCAUGAAAAUCAUGAUUCUAUUUAUUACACUUACGAAGAUUAUGCCAAUAGAAUUACAUGUGAAGUACUGGGCUCGGUCCUUCAUACUCAACAUACUAAUGCAAUAUCAAACAUUAAUAGUGUUAACAAGGGAGAAAAUGAAACCAUUGCUCUUAAAAGUGGAAACCUUGAUCAAAAUAAAUCUAAAAAUAAACCCUUAAUGAUUAGAGAUAGCAUUCAAAAAUUUGCAGCAGAUCUUGUGGAAAAAAGUUUUGGCAGUGCAUUUAAAGACUUGCAGAAAGGAGUCUCUUCAUGUACCAAUGCAUUGUGCCAUUUAGCCAUCAAAUUAACAUCAUCGGUUUUUCAGAUGGCAUUUAAUGAACUGAAAAGGCAGCGUGCAUUUUCACUGCAAGAGCAUGCUAUUAGUGGUCUGGCUAAUUUUUUGGUGAGUGAAGCGUUAUCAAAUGCUUUAAAAGAUUUACAGUAUGUAAAGAAGCAGAUAUUUACAAACAUAGUUGCUGGAUUUGCUGCAGAUCUUGCCGAAGAGCUUAUUUUUGAAGGUAUCAUGGAAGUGUGUCAAUUUUCAUCUCCUCCAACACCUGCAUCUCCAAAGUAUUCAUUUGACUAUGAAGACAAAGUAGUGAAGUCAUAUGCAAAAGAUUUAUCUGAAUCUGUAAUGCAGGAAGCAUUCAUUGAGCUAUCACAAGUUGAUGUGAUUUUUACAACAAAGGCAGCAGUUAGUAUUUCUACAGAUAACAUAAAAUAUGUGAGUGCAGAAAAUACUGUGCCAUGGACACAGACCUCCACAUGUCCCAUUUUUAAUAGUCAAGCAGUUGUGGCAAAACCAAUGCCAGAACAUAAAUACACUGUACAGCAGGCCUUAUUGUGUACUUCUGGAAUUGUUACUUCUAUACCAGUGCCCCUGGCUGGAAGUGCCCUUAUUCCAUAUCACUUUUCAUCUAAUAUAUAUCAGGCAAAGACUCAUGUGUCAUCUGGUGAUAGUAAUUUGAGUGGUGAUUCUAUUGAAGCAGGUUUUUCCACAAAAAACAAUGAAGAGGAAGUAGCUUGUCUCAGAAAUAUUUGUUUACCUUCAGAACACAGUCUAGGUAACGAGAAUGAUUUUAAACCAACUAAUGAUGUUGAAAUGCAGAGCUCUUCAAAAUUAACAAGUGAUCCUGUUAUUAUUAGCAACUUUUCUACAGCACUGGUGCAUUCUAUAGUAAAUGAAACUUUAGAGUCAGUGACAUCAUUCAAAGUUACCAAAACAGUUGAUGAACACACAGAUUGUUUAACUAAAACAGUAAAGGAAAAAAACCCUUUCCACAAUGAUCAAGUGACCCUGCAACAGAGUGAAGCUAGCAAUAAGGACAUGUUUGUUGAUCGACUAUCUAAAUCUGUUAGUAAACAUUCUAUAGAGAAAAGCAAAUCGGCGAUCUCCAAUGUGGAUAAAAAUAUGGUAAACAGGGAAGGCUUGCCUGUUGCUGGAGAAGAGUCACAGUUGAUCUGGGAAAAGUUUCCCAGAUCUCUUGAUGCUCAAGAUCACUUAGCUCACUGUUCACUUUUAGUAGGAAAGGAUUGUGUUCUAGAAUGUAAAGAUUCUAUAGCUCAUGGAUUUUCUUUAGAGCCACUACCAUGUUGUUCUACUAUGGCAGGUCAGAAACCUGAUUUGAAGGAAGCUGCUAAGGACAAAUCGGUGAAAAAGUAUAAUUUGAAUAAUAUGGCACCUGUGCCCUUGUCUUUUGGGCAAGAAAGCCCUUAUCCCCAUUCACAAACUUUCUCAUCUGCAGUACUUACAUAUGCAGAUGGUUUGCAUGUGGAAGAUAAACAGAAAAUCAGAGAUGGAAAUAUAAUACCUGAUACUCCUCCAUCAACUCCUCUAGUACCAUCCCAGACUAGUUCUGAAUGGGAUAUCAAGAAGUUAACCAAAAAGCUAAAGGGGGAAUUAGCAAAAGAAUUUGCACCUGCUACACCACCUUCUACACCUCACUACUCAUCUGUUGGUAGUUUGUCUGAAAAUGAACAAAAUACUAUUGAAAAAGAAGAGUUCAUGUUGAAACUCAUGAGAUCUCUUUCAGAAGAAGUUGAAAGUAGUGAAGGUGAAGAGCAUCCAGAAAUGGAUGUGAAGGCAGAGCACUCGGAGAAGAAAGCUCAGUUUGCCGAAGCAUUAGCUUCACACAUCAUUUCUCUUGCAACUGAAAUGGCAGCUUCCCAUUUAGAUAAUAAAAUAAUUCAAGAACCCAAGAUUAAAAGCCCUUGCUUAAAUGUGCAGAAUCGAAGAAGUGUAUCACCUACUUUGUUAAAUCACGCAGAUGAAAAUUUACAAGCAUUAUGCAAUUUUGCAAGUGAUAUGGCAGCAGAAGUCAUUACAGAAGCUGAGAAAAUAGCAAAAGUUAGAAGUUGUAUGCUUUCCAGGCAGAAGGAAAGUAGUUAUAGUGAUGGUGACCAAGAUCAUAGAUCAGAAGAGAAGUUGAAUAUUGAGACUGUAGCACAUCCAAGAGAAGUUGAUCCAUUUAUUCUUUCAUUACCACCAAGUUCUUGUAUGUCAGGUCUUUCAUAUAAGUAUCCCAGCUGUGAAAGUGUGACAGAUGAAUAUGCAGGUCACAUUAUCCAAAUACUAAAACAGGAAGGUGGUAAUAGUGAGUUAAUAAUGGAUCAGUACGCCAACAGACUUGCUUAUCGGUCUGUCAAAUCGGGAUUGAAAGAAGCAGCUAAGACCGCAACAAUGAAGUGCAACUCAAAAAUGUUUCUCUUGCAAAACUCACAGGUGAAAGCCAACAAUGAACUCUUAAUGUUCUUAAAUAAACACCACCAAGAAGUAGAUAAAAGACAAAGUAAAAGAAAUGGAGGUUACCGCUGUAAAAAUCAAACUUGUGAAUGGACAGGGAAUACAUACAGAAGUAAAUGCUCUGAACUGUAUAGUUUUUCAACUUCUCUUGCUUACAGCAUAACCAGAGAUGUUAAAAAAGAGCUUACAUUGUGUGCAAUUGGCUUGCCAAAAUCCUCAACAGAUUCUUGCCUUUAUGAAAAGUCUGGAUGUGAUGAAGAUAAUGAGUCUCACAUUGAGCCAGAAUUUCCUAAGUUUCUUCAACCUUCCCCGCAAAAUCACAGAUUUUACCACAGUGCAAGCAGCUUAAAUGCGUAUGGUUAUGAAGAGAAUGUUGUUCAAGCCAUAGAACAGUAUGCUAAAAAAGUAGCGGAUGACACUUUGGAACUCAGUUUAGAAUCCACAGUUUACCAAGUGUCUGAGACCACAAAAGCAGCAGAUAGGAUCACUUAUGCAGAAAAGUUGUCACCUCUUGUAAGUCAAGCUUGCAGAUAUUGUGACGAGAAAGAACUCCAUGACUGCAAUGGAAAUUCACCUCAACAUUCUUUCAGACAGGAUUCACUUGCUCAUAGUAAGCCAGGUUCUAAUUUAAAAUUUAACAACAUUUAUCAGAAAUCUAGAAUUUUUCACCUUGAUGUUCCUCAAAUUCAUGUUGAUCUUGAUAAGAAGACAGUGCUUGCUGAGAAGAUAGUUGCUGAAGCUAUUGAAAAAGCAGAGAGAGAGCUGAGCAAUACCAGUUUGGCAGCUGAUAGUGGAAUUGGACAGGAUGGUGUUAGCUUUGCUGAAAGCCUUACUACAGAAAUAAUGACAUCAGCUAUUGUGAAUGUUGAACAUGCUGUUAGUAGUCCAAAAGAAACAGAAGACUUUCAGUCAACUGAGUCUUUCGGUAACCAGCAGAUGAAUCUCAGUAUUGGUGAUGACAGCACUGGUAGCUGGUCCAAUUUAAGUUUUGAAGAUGAGCAUCAGGAUGAAAGCAGCAGUUUUCAUCAUCUAAGUGAAAGUGAUGGGCCAGAUGAUAAAGACGAAGAGCAUGAAGAUGACAUAGAAGGUUUGGGGCAAGAUGGAAAGACUCUGCUAAUAACGAAUAUUAACAUGGAACCAUGCACAGUAGACCCUCAACUAAGAAUUAUUCUUCAGUGGCUCGUGGCCUCUGAGGCUGAAAUUGCAGAACUUUCUUUUCAUGACUCUGCAAAGAAGGAGUUUAUACAACUUUCAAAACAAUUACAAGAAAAAGGAUGGAAAGUGGGAGACCUCCUGCAGGCUGUACUUAACUACUAUGAGGUGGUGGAAAAGACUUCCAGUGAAGAGAAAUGCAAGUCACUGUAUGAUUGGCUCUUGGAAAACGCAUAG